AUGGGACAGCGAGGCGCUUGGAGCUGCCUGCUGGCUGUUAAAAAUGCUGUGCAGGUCUGCAGCGAGCUGAGAUCCAGUGAGGCCGACGAUCCGAUCCGUGACUCCGAUCCGUGGUACGAUCAGAACCUUCUGUUUGUUCCAAACAAUCACUCACUACUUCCUGACCAACGCUUCUGUUUCCUCCUCAGCUGUCCCACUCCAGGCUGCGAUGGCAGCGGUCACGUCAGCGGGAAGUACGCCAGACACCGCAGCGUCUACGGCUGCCCGCUGGCCAAGAAGAGGAAGGCUCUGGAAAAACAACCACUGGAGCCGGCUGCCAAGAGGAGGCCUUUCCUCCCCUCCUGCACAGGUGAGGAGGAGGAGGACGCCGGCGCCUACACCAGCUACGAGAAUGAAGCCAUUGGGGUGAAGGGCGCAGGGAAGGAGCAGGGGGAGGUAGUGGAGGAGGAUGAGGAGGAAGAGGAGGUGGAGAGAGAAGGAGAUGAAGACGGAGACGUGGAGGAUGAGUUCUCGGAGGACAACGAGGAGCAGGGGGAGGAGGAAGAGGAGGAGGAUGACGAGGAGGAGGUAGAGGUGGGGAGAGCGAAUACGACAAUGGGAGGAGAGCGGGCGGAGGACGAGGAGGAGGAGGAAGAAGAGGAGGAGGAGGGAAUGUAUGAGGAGGAGGAAGAAGUGGAGGAUGGUGAUGAUGAGGAGGAGCAGGAGGAUGAGGGAGAGGAAGACGAGGAGGAAGACGAGGAGGAGCAGCAUCGUCAGCAUGAGAACCACUACAAACCCGGCGGACAAUCAAAGCUCCUUCCGCUUCAGAAGGACAACAACAACAACCACAGCUGCAACAUCAGCGCCGGCAACGGCACCGGAGAGGAUUACGAGAACUACGACGAGCUGGUCGCCAAGUCGCUGCUCAACCUGGGGAAGAUCGCAGAAGACGCCGCCUACCAGGCCACGACCGAGUCCGAGAUGAACAGCAACUCUUCCAACAGCGCCGGGGAAGACGAGGACGACGAGGAGUACGACGGCAGCAAUCACGGUGACCGGAAGGGCGAGCUGAGCGUGGACCUGGACAGCGAUGUGGUCAGGGAGACGGUGGAUUCCCUGAAGCUCCUGGCGCAGGGACACGGUGUCAUGCUGCCCGAGGACGGCUACCCGGAAGGCGUCAUGAUGGACCACGUCGGCCAAGCCAACGGGCGGCCCGGCAUCGGGGUGAGGGUGAGGGCGGAGGAGAGCGAGGAGGAGGUGUGUCUCAGCAGCCUGGAGUGUCUGAGGAACCAAUGCUUCGAUCUGGCUCGGAAGCUGAGCGAGACGCAGACGUGCGAUCGCCCCGCCCUCCACGCACUCCACCACCAACUCCAAAUCCCAACGGACCAUCAGAUGGUGCAUCACCUGAACAGGUACGACAGCUGCCAGCAGAGCGCACAGGAGGAGCACAGGUCUCUGGAGCGCAGCUACUCCGACAUGGUGAACCUGAUGAAGCUGGAGGAGCAGCUGAGCCCGGGGUCCAGAGGUUAUCCGACCAGCUGCAGCCAGGAGGGCGACGAAGACACCACGUCGGUGGCCUCCGACCGCUCGGACGAGACCUUCGACAUGGCCAAGGGAAACCUGUCGCUGCUGGAGAAGGCCAUCGCCCUGGAGUCGGAGAGGGCGAAAGUCAUGAGGGACCGCAUGGCCUCGGAGCACUCGUUGCCCCGUCGGGACCACCAUCACCAUCGAGGCCACGGCGAGCACAGCUCCAGGCUGAGCUGCGCCGGCGAGGAGCGCAAGUCCAGGAUGCACCACGACGGGUUGAAGAGGGCGUACUACCCUAAAGACUCUUCCAGGGGGGAGAAGAAGGAGAGCAAGUGUCCGACGCCGGGCUGCGACGGGACCGGUCACGUGACGGGUCUGUACCCGCACCACCGCAGCCUGUCCGGGUGUCCUCACAAAGACAGAGUCCCGCCUGAGAUCCUUGCCAUGUAUGAGAAUGUUUUAAAGUGCCCCACUCCCGGCUGCUCUGGACGGGGUCAUGUCAAUAGCAACAGGAACUCGCACCGCAGUCUGUCCGGCUGUCCCAUCGCUGCCGCAGAUAAGAUGGCGAAGGUCCAUGAGAAGAUCCUCCCGAUUGAGAGCGGCAGUAAGACGUCCAAUCAGACGUCAGACCGUGUCCUUAGGCCGAUGUGCUUCGUCAAGCAGCUGGAGAUUCCUCAGUACGGCUACAAAAACAACGUCCCCACCAGCACGCCGCGGUCCAACCUGGCCAAGGAGCUGGAAAAAUACUCCAAGACCAGCUACGACUACAGCGGCUACGACGCCCAGCAUGGCGGCUACGGGAAGAGAGGCCCGGCAACCAAGUCCCACCACGGACGAGACACCUCCCCGAAAGGAUACGACGCUAAGCGCUACUGUAAGACGUCGAGCCCGGCCAGCAGUACGACCAGCAGCUACGCUCCCAGCAGCAGCAGCAGCCUGAGCUGUGGAGUAGGAGGCGCUGGAGGAGGAGGAGGAGGUGUUGGAGGAGGAGGAGGAGGAGGAGGAAGCAGCGCCAGCAGUACCUGCAGUAAGAGCAGCUUCGACUACACCCACGACAUGGAAGCGGCCCACAUGGCGGCCACGGCCAUCCUCAACCUGUCGACGAGGUGCCGGGAGCUCCCACACGUUCUGGGAGGGAAACCCCAAGACCUGCUGACUCAGAUCUCAGCAGUCCACCUGAGUCCCGUUGGAGACCUGGACGACAGCGGUGCGGUGGACGUGGCCGGUCAGCCCGGCGGGCCGGAGGGCAGCGGGACGGUGUUGACCGCCCUGCAGCCGAUGUCGCCCCAGCGGCAGGCUCUGCUCAGCAGCCGCUGCUACCAGCUGAGCGAAGCCGACUGCUGGGACCUGCCCGUCGACUACACCAAGAUCAAACGCCUGGGGGACGAGGAGGACCACAAAGAGUCUGCGUAUUUCUCGUCCCUGCACCAGAGCGACGAGCUGGACCCCUUCCAGGAGCUGCUGGACGAGCAGCGCUACCCGGCCGAGGUCACCAUGCCCAGCCCCAAACACCACAAGUACCCGGCCUGCAAGGAGGGCAAGAAGGAGCUCAUCACGUUGUCAAGCUGCCAGCUGGCCGACAAGAACAUCCGCGGGAUUAUGACGACCAACUCUCAGGACCUCAGGUGUCCGACCCCCAGCUGCGAUGGAUCUGGACACAUCACUGGAAACUACGCCUCCCACAGAAGUCUGUCCGGCUGUCCACGAGCCAAGAAGAGCGGCAUCAAAAUACUCCACAGCAAAGAGGACAAGGACGACCAGGAGCCAAUCAAGUGUCCGGUGCCGGGCUGUGACGGACAGGGUCAUGUGACGGGGAAGUACGCCUCCCACCGCAGCGCGUCAGGCUGCCCCCUGGCGGCAAAAAGGCAGAAGGACAGCUACGUCAACGGCUCGCAGUUUGUCUGGAAAUCUGGCAAGACGGACGGCAUGAGCUGCCCGACGCCUGGCUGCGACGGCUCGGGACACGUCAGUGGGAGCUUCCUGACCCAUCGGAGUCUCUCCGGGUGUCCCCGUGCCACCUCGGCCAUGAAGAAGGCCAGGAUGAGCGGGGUGGAAAUGCUGACAAUCAAGCAAAGAGCAAGCAAAGGCAUCGAAAACGAUGAAGAAAUCAAACAGCUGGAUGAAGAAAUCAAAGAUCUGAACGAGUCCAACACUGCAGUCGAGUCCGACAUGAUAAAACUGAGGACACAAAUCACCACCAUGGAGACCAGCCUGAAGUCCAUCGAGGAUGAGAACAAGGUGAUCGAGCAGCAGAACGACUCGCUGCUGCACGAGCUGGCCAACCUCAGCCAGUCGCUCAUCAACAGCUUAGCAAACAUCCAGCUUCCACACAUGAAACCACCGCCACAGAAAGAGGCCCCAGUAAAGCAUAACUGCUGUUUACAGAUGCCUCCCAGAGAGCCAAUGAGUGAACAGAACUUUGACACUUAUGUGAGUACAUUGACAGACAUGUACACUCACCAGGACCAGUACCAGAGCCCGGAGAACAAGGCGCUGCUGGAGAACAUCAAACAGGCCGUUCAGGGUAUCCAGGUGUAGCUCUGACUGAGGCCGAAAUAACAAAUGCAAAGCAAAAACAACAACAGAAAAAAAAGUCUAAAAGAAGGGAAUGGGUUGUUUUUUGCUGCUGUAAUCUAACAUAGUUAUUUUAAUUCUUCUGCUGUUAUGCUCUCAACUCCAUGGGUAUCUCUGUUUUUUAUCAUUUUGAUUGUCGUUGCCUUGCUUUGAAAAACAAUUUACCAAUGUUUUAAACAAACAUUCACGUUUUGUACAUUUUCAUAUGACCUAAUAUAAUGUGACGUACUGUUUAUAGCUGCUAAUGUAUGCACAUUCUAGUGUAUAUGUAUGUAUUUAUUUAUUGUAAGCUUGAAUCAUUUCUAUAAUUUAACGCGAUACAUCAAAAAACUGGGCGUCACGGGUUUAACGGGGAGCAGAGCGACGAGGGGGGGGAACCUGAGAGCAAUCAUUGAAGAGACGAGCUGAGAAGCUGGAGGUCGUUUAACAGAUGUGAUUCAUUCAUUUUGUAAAGUUUGAAAGUGGAUGUUAAUAUUAAUGUAAAUCUAAAAUUACGAGAAGAACCAAUGCUAUAAGCAGGAAGGUUUUCAAACAUCAUGACACGGAAACUUACUGGUGCAAAUCCCAUCAUCCCCUUCGGAGUUGUUUCGUUUCAAACUGUCCUGUUCUGUCGCUUUGUUUUGUUUUGUUGGUGUGGAGAACGAAGCGGGAAAAGACAAAAAGGCUUCAGAAAAACGUAGGAGACAAUCUGCCAUUCUGAAUCCUUUAAUCAUCAACCUUGAACUAUAGCUAUUAGGACAACGUGUCAGCAAUAUUGGUAUGAUAAUCUUAAAUCGUUUGUUUGGAUAUGGGAUGCAAUCUAUAUGAAAAAUAAUGUUUGGGUAUAUGCAAUUUCUUAUGAAUAAAACUAGCAAAGAGCUGAUAGAUCUUUUUACUAAAUAUAAAUGUAUUGCGUUUUGUACAAACCUUUUACUACAAUCAUGUUUUAGGAAUCUGACGCGGGUGAAAGGACUUUGGUUCAGUCAUGUUCGACUUUGCACAGGGACACCUUUGUUUCCAUGUUUUGAUGUUUUUAUUGUCAUUUAAGAGGCACUUGGCAGGCGAAAGGAUUUGUAGAGAUGAUUUUUCUUUGUAAAGGCUGACGGCUCCUCUGGACUUACAGGGUCAAACGUCCCCAUCCGUCAUUGUAUAUUGCACUCGUUCUGUAGAAAACGUCUUUCCAAUCAUGCGUCCCGCUGUGUGAGCACACAGCGGGACGGGAUGCCAGACAACAUGAUGACCAAGCAGCACUUUUUUUAAUUAUCUUUGAUUGUUGAUUGAAAAGAUGAAUAAAAACUAGAGCCAGCAGUCGUAACGCGACGUCUGCGCACUUGAACUUUACCGACUGAGUAUUCGAUGUGAAUCGGCCUUUACGAUGACAUUCAGUCCGAAAUCACAGUACUGAUGGAACAAUGUUUUCUGAACACCGUCGAUCAUGCAUGCACUUUAUUGGAGUAUGUCAAAGUAUUAUCACGUGGUAAAUGAAGCAAAAACUGUACAGCGAGUUUGUGGAAACUGUGACUUUGACAAGACUUUGUGCUGGUGAUUGUUUGAAAGAUUCCUGGAAGAAUUUUCUCUGAGUUGAUUUGUUAUUUAAAGGAAAACUCCCCCUCAUGGUCCCCUUGAAGUCUAAACCUCCACCACUCCAGUACCCAUUUUAAAAGACAAAGAGUGUUGAACCACACUGACAAGCUCCUGUCUCAAACGUUACACUAAAUUACAGAAAAACAUUACACGUUAUUUAGCAUCAGAUAUUUUCCAUUGUUAACCAUCUAAAACAAUGUUGCAAAUGAAAACUUUAAACCAUGAAUGCAUUGUUUCAUUUGAGUAAAACUCCCAAGGUGCAUUUGGAGGAGACGCAUCCAAUCGCAGAGCUUAAAAUUCUGUUUUGUGCACUUGUCCUCUGCCAAUAAUUGAAAACUGAACAUUAUGUACUUUUUGACCCUUUGAAUUGAAGAAGCAGCCCCAAACUUAGAUUCAUGAGUUACACAGCUCCAAUGUGUUGGAAACAUUUUUGUAAUUUUAAAGAAAUUUAAGAGGAAAAUCAAGAGUUCACCAUCUCUGACUUCAGCCAAAUCUUCAGCCCACAUUUGAUUGGUGACUCUUUUUUAAGAAGGAAAAACAAUCACCAAACUGCCAGCUGGGGGAGUUUUCCUUUAAAGAUGCUUCUUCUUUGGACUUUUACUGAAAAAGCCUCAUUCUUCACAUCUCUGUCCAAAGCUUUGUGUCUGCAGCUUCCUGCCAGUGAACUACUGCAUUAGAUAGACUGACAGCUUGUAUUUUUAUUUAGUCAGUUAUGCUGACUGAUAACAAAGGAAAUGGGAGUUAAAGCACAAUUCUGCCACUUAAAGACAGUCAAUAGACUAGAUAUUGUAAAAUCAGAUGUGAAAGCUAAACUGUAACUAUUUACAUAGAGAAUCUCAACACUAACAUGUGACAUGCUAAGAAUGCAAAAGAAAUCCAUAUGAAUAUUUGUGAAAUCAUCAGUUUAUGAAAAUGUUAGUUUCUUUCCAGCAGUGCACCGAUGAGGGGUUUUUAUACAACAUUCAUUUUCUCUCCUUUUACCCCUUUUUUUCUGUGCUACUCGCAAACUUUCAACAACAGUUUUCUUACCACAUGGCAUGGGUUUUGUUGAUAUUUUUGCUGUAUGUUUAAGGUCACCAGAUACGCUACGUGAUAUUUUAAUUUGACUUGUGAAGUUUGUACAAUUUUUAUCAUGCUGGUGUUGGCAUCUCUUGCUCUGAAUAAAUCUUGUGUUGCGACACUGA